AUGCCCCCCCCCCCUGAAGCAGCUAGUUUUGGACCCCCUGGGUUUCAACAUUAUGGGAUAGCUUGCGCCAGCCGUGGCGGAGGUGUAACAAUCCCCACCAGGGAUGAGACACAGGUAGAGACAGGACCGGCGCUUGUGGCAGGCAUUGAACUUGAACAAGUGGCCAUUCAUCUGGAUGCAGGUAUGCAGCUGACGAUUUCAUCAGCAUACCUUCCCCCUGUCGCCACCAAGAUCACCCCAGAGGAACUCGAUAGACUCAACAAAGACGGGCCACAGCGCAUUGGUGCUGACGCCAAUGCAAAUGCAUUGGCAUGA